UUAUUCAGUGCCGCGCAGGACAUAUGCUUCUGUUAGUGAUCGUCUUGAGGUGUUAGCCAGGAUAAAAUCCUGCUCUGUUUCCCAUGCUAGCCCUAAUUCCACAGUGGAAGCAGGUGCUCAUACUAUUACAAACAAACAAAGCUGAAAAACCUAACAGUGUGAAACUUUGAUUUUCGGGGGGGCAUACGGAUCUCUGAACAGCUCAGAGACUAAGGAGAUAUACUUCCUCCAGGGUUCUUUUAUCAUAAAAGCAGCUUAAAUGACUCACUCUUUCCCGGGGAUAUUCUUAAAACAACCCCACUCAGUUCAUCUUUUAGUGGUCAGAAAGAAGAUUUAUUUUGUGCUGUCUUUCAAAAAAAAAAAAAAAAAGAAAAAAAAAAAGAAAAAAAAAGAAAAAAAAAAAGAAAAUAAAGAGAAAAACAUAUUUUGAGAAAGGUCAAUGGCCGUAUUUCCAAGAGGAUCUGGGCUGUAUUAGAGGUCUGUACGGCUCACUAAUGCACGGGCUGACUGGCACUAUCUUCACUCAAGCAAGUGCUCCAGUGAAAAAUUCAGUGCUAUUUUUAGUUCCCUUACAACAAACUGCUUGAUUGUAAGGCCUGGGGAGCCGUGACACUGGGAUCGUGAGGGGUCUGCUGGAAAAGGAGAAGGACGAGGCACGGCAGCGUGCUGGGGACUCCGGCUAAUGCGCAGAGGAACACGCCAGCAGCAGGUAUUUUAAAUCAUCUCCUAAGCCUGGCUCUGCCCACGAAAUGAAGCUGCUGGUCAGAGUCAGGGCAUGAAAGCGUUAGCUGGCUGGCUCUAUCUGCUCCUGCCCUUAAAGAUUUCAUUCCAUAAAUUCCUGUCCUGACCGUCAUCUUUUAAGUCGUCUCCUCUCGUUUCCUAGCCUUUUCUGGGAUUUUGUAGGAUCUUUAGGCAAGUUAGCAAAUGGCAGUAGCGGGAGAGAGAUAAGUUUCCGAGCGGAAGGCGUCGUCCUCUGGUGAAGCCCCGCCGUGGCAGUGCCUGGAGCAGACCGGGAGCGGAUGACGGCCAACCAUGAGACCUACCUGCUCAUGGCCAGCACGCAGAGCGACAUGGAGGACUGGGUGAGGUCCAUCCGCAGGGUCAUCUGGGCGCCCUUCGGAGGAGGUAUCUUCGGGCAGAGGCUGGAGGACACCGUGCGCUACGAGAAGCGCUAUGGGAGCCGCCUGGCGCCCAUGCUGGUGGAGCAGUGCGUGGACUUCAUCCGGCAGCGCGGGCUGCGGGAGGAGGGCCUCUUCCGACUGCCCGGGCAGGCGAACCUCGUCAAGGAGCUGCAGGACGCCUUCGACUGUGGAGAAAAGCCCUCCUUUGACAGCAGCACAGAUGUGCACACCGUGGCGUCCCUGCUCAAGCUGUACCUGAGGGAGCUCCCAGAACCAGUCGUACCGUAUGCAAAAUACGAAGAUUUUCUCUCCUGUGCCAAAAUGCUCAGCAAGGAGGAGGCGACGGGCCUGAAAGAACUGGUGAAGCAAGUGAAGAGCCUGCCAGCUGUCAAUUACAAUCUGCUGAAAUACAUCUGUAGAUUCCUUGAUGAAGUCCAGUCGUAUUCAGGUGUAAACAAAAUGAGUGUACAAAACCUGGCUACAGUUUUUGGCCCCAACAUCCUGCGCCCCAAAGUGGAGGAUCCUCUGACUAUCAUGGAGGGUACAGUAGUAGUCCAGCAGCUCAUGUCAGUGAUGAUUAGCAAACACGAAGAGCUGUUUCCCAAGGAUAUAGACCCUCAGAUGGGACCUGAGGUGUGCAACAACAACAACGAAAUUCCAAAGAAAACCCCCGCAGGGCAGCUACAGAACCAAGAGAACAACAAUACCAAGGAGACGGCAGUGCGGCGCUGCUCCUGGGACACUCCCGAGUCUCCCCAGAGGGGGAACGUGGACUGUGAGUCUCCCACAGCCCUGCCAGGCAGCAAGACAAGCAGCCCCAGGAACAGCAUGCAGAGAGCGGACGUCACCAGGAGCCCGCCCCUGACGGUGAAAAAGAACCCCGCUUUUAAUAAGGGCAGCGGCAUCGUCACCAACGGCUCCUUCAGCAGCUCGGUGGAGGGCCCCGAGAGGGGCCAGCCCGUGCCCGGCUGCUCCCUGCAGAGCAGGAGGGCGUCGUCGCUGAAGGCACCCGUGACCAGGAUGGGCACGCAGAGCGUGCCGGGCGGGGCGGCGCGCGCCGGCGGCACCGACGGGCACAGCGGCGCCGGCACCCGCAGCCCGGGCUGGGCGCCCAACGGGGCCGUCACCCUGAGGGACAGCAGGCACAGGGAGCCCUCGCUGGGCGAGCCGGGCCAGCACAACAGGCUCUCCACCUACGACAACGUCCACCAGCAGUUCUGCGCGCUGAACUCCGAUGACAAGCAGAGUGUGGACAGUGCCACCUGGUCCACGUCCUCGUGUGAAAUAUCCCUCCCCGAGCACUCCAACUCCUGUCGCUCAUCCACCACCACCUGCCCCGAGCAGGACUUUUAUGUGGGUAACUUCGAAGACUCUGUGCUGGAUGGGCCACCGCAUGAAGACCUCUCUAACCCAGGUGACUAUGAGAACAAAAGUGACAGGAGGAGUGUGGGGGGCCACAGCAGCCGAGCCACCAGCAGCAGCGAUAACAGCGAAACCUUUGUGCCCAACAGUACCAACAACCACAGUGCUUUGCACAGCCUGGUCUCCAGCUUGAAGCAGGAAAUGGCCAAGCAAAAACUAGAAUAUGAGACAAGGAUAAAAAGCCUGGAGCAGAGGAAUCUCACCCUGGAGACUGAAAUGAUGGCCCUGCACGAAGAGCUGGAUCAGGAGCGGAAGAAGUUCACAAUGGUGGAAAUCAAAAUGCGUAACGCAGAGCGGGCCAAGGAGGAUGCAGAGAAGAGGAAUGAUAUGCUGCAGAAGGAAAUGGAGCAGUUUUUCUCCACUUUUGGAGAAUUGACAGUGGAGUCUCGCAGACCAGAAAGAGGCAACACCAUCUGGAUCCAGUGAACUGUGGAAGCACAGACUGUGGGACGUGGGGAAGGGCUUGGGGUAUUAUACUGUAUCAGGUGGCUGGUCACCUGUCUGAGGCUAGUACUCAACAAAUGUUACAAACCCGUGAAGGAAGAAAUCAUACAUACAUUAGCACUCAUAUCUCCAGUGUGUACUUACCAAGUUAUACUCUUUGAAUGCUUCAUGAGACUACUGUCAAGUGUUACAACUGGAUAUGUGUAUAUAAAUUUAAAAACCACCUUAGAGCAAGAGAUGUAUCUGAAGAAAUAUUUUAAUGCAAGUCUUGUAUUUAAACUGGUAAAUUGAGAUGUUGUUGCAAUCAAGCUUUAUAUAAAGGCUUUUCUCCCUUGCACUUAACAUAAUAAGCUAUUUUUGGCAUCGUGUUACCAUCAGCUUAUUUUGUAUAUCAAAUGUUUCUUUGUUUUGUUACCCCUUUUGCUGGGGAGUGAAGAUAAACAGAUCUGUUAAGGUAAA